AUGUCUGCUCCCAAUCCGGUUGGUGAGCCACCGGCUCCCAUGAAGGACCUCGCUCCUCAAGCUGAAGAACAGACCAGAAACCAGAACCUCAGUGAUGCGACAAAGGACCCCCAGGCCGCACAGGAGGCCGCCGCAGCUCCGAAAGUGAAGAGCGAGAAGGAGUUGGAACGUGACCGCAAGAAGGCCGAAAAGGCGAAGAAAUUCGCAGAGAAGCAGGCCAAGGCUGCCUCCGCCAAACCCGCUGCCCCCAAGGCCGAGAAAAAGGCCCCGAAGCCCGAGAAGGACAAGACGACCGAUGCCUACGACCCCGGUGCUAUCGAGUCCGGCCGGUAUGAAUGGUGGGAGAACCGUGAUCUCUUCAAGCCCGAGUUCGGUGCCGACGGCAGAGUCUUGCCGGCUGGUAACUUCGUCAUUCCUAUUCCUCCUCCCAACGUUACCGGUUCUCUGCACAUGGGCCAUGCCCUUACGAACGCUUUGCAGGAUACUAUGAUCCGUUGGCAGCGGAUGAAAGGUAAGACGACCCUGUGGCUGCCGGGUAUGGACCAUGCUGGUAUCUCGACCCAGAGUGUUGUCGAGAAGAUGUUGUGGAAGAAGGAACAGAAGACCCGCCACGACCUGGGCCGCGAGGAGUUCACAAAGCGCGUCUGGGAGUGGAAGCACGAGUACCACGCGAACAUCAAGAAUGCCCUGCGCAGAGUCGGUGGUUCCUUCGACUGGAGUCGUGAGGCCUUCACCAUGGACGACAACCUGUCCGCAGCUGUUACCGAGACCUUCGUUCGCCUUCACGAAGAAGGUAUCAUUUACCGUGCCAACCGUCUGGUCAACUGGUGUGUUUCUUUGAACACCUCAUUGUCCAACCUAGAAGUUGAGAACAAGGAGGUCGAGGGCCGUACACUCCUUGAUGUUCCCGGCUACGAGAGAAAGGUCGAGUUCGGUGUCUUGACUCACUUCUGCUACGAGAUUGAUGGCACCAAGGAGAGAAUCGAGAUUGCUACCACUCGUCCUGAGACCAUGAUUGGUGACACUGGUAUUGCUGUCCACCCCACCGACAAGCGCUACCAGCACUUGAUUGGCAAGCACGCUCGUCACCCCUUCGUCGACCGUCUCCUCCCCAUUGUUGCCGACCAGGAUGUCGACCCCGAGUUCGGUACUGGUGCCGUGAAGAUUACCCCCGCCCACGACUUCAACGAUUUCAACCGCGGAAAGGCCCACAACCUUGAGUUCAUCUCCGUCAUGAACGACGACGGUACCUACAACAAGAAGGCUGGCAUCUUCGCCGGUGUGAAGCGGUUCGACGCCCGUUACAAGGUCAUCGACCUCCUGAAGGAGCAGGGCUUGUACGUCAAGUGGGAGCACAACCCUAUGAAGAUCCCCCGCUGUGCCAAGUCAAACGAUGUUAUCGAGCCUAUCUUGAAGCCCCAGUGGUGGAUGAGGAUGCAGGGCCUUGCUGAGCCCGCCAUCAAGGCCGUCGAGGAUGGUGACAUUAUCAUCCGUCCCGAGACUGCUGAGAAGAGCUACUUCCGCUGGAUGAGAAACAUCAACGACUGGUGUCUGUCGCGGCAGCUCUGGUGGGGUCACCAGGCUCCUGCUUACCUUGUCCAGAUCGAGGGACAGGAUGUUGAUGACAGCGAUGGUGACUACUGGGUUACUGGCCGCUCUGAAGAAGAGGCUAAGCAGAAGGCCGCUGCCAAGUUCCCCGGAAAGAAGUUCACCUUGGCUCGCGAUCCUGACGUUCUUGACACCUGGUUCUCGUCUGGCUUGUGGCCUUUCUCUACUCUUGGCUGGCCUAAGCAGACUCACGACUUGGAGACCCUGUACCCUACCUCCGUUCUGGAGACUGGCUGGGAUAUCCUCUUCUUCUGGGUUGCCAGAAUGAUCAUGCUUGGUAUUAAGAUGACUGGCAAGGUUCCCUUUAAGGAAGUGUACUGUCACUCCCUGAUCAGAGAUUCCGAGGGUCGUAAGAUGUCCAAGUCUCUUGGUAACGUCGUUGACCCUCUUGAUGUUAUGGAGGGUAUCCAGCUCGAGAAGCUCCACUCCAAGCUUCUCGCUGGUAACCUUGCCGAUAAGGAGGUUGCCACUGCUACCAAGUACCAGAAGAAGGCAUUCCCCAAGGGUAUUCCUGAGUGCGGUGCUGAUGCUCUGCGCUUUGCUCUCGUUUCUUACACUACUGGUGGUGGUGACAUUGCGUUCGACAUUCAGUUCAACACCGCCGCCAAGGAGGUGGACCGGGCUCUGGAGCAGCGUGAGUUCAACAUCGCCGCCACUACUGUCUACCAGUACUGGUACAGCCAACUCUGCGACGUCUUCCUCGAGAACUCCAAGUCCCUCCUGGCUCCUGAACUUCCCGCUGAGGUGCAGCAAUCCGCCAAGGAGACCCUCUACACCGCUCUCGAGGGUGCCCUGACCAUGAUCCACCCUAUCAUGCCCUUCGUCACCGAGAACCUCUGGCAGCGUCUCCCCCGCCGCCCCGAAGACAACACCGUCUCGAUCAUGAAGGCCCGCUUCCCCGAGUACAGGCCCGAGUUCGACGACCCGGCCGCCGCCGCCGCCUACGAGCUCAUCCUCAACACCUCCAAGGCCAUCCGCUCCAUCCUCGCCCAGUAUGAAGUCAAGACCAAGGGCGACAUCAUCGUCCAGACCUACGACGCCACCAGCUAUAAGACCAUCUCCGACGAACUCUCCAUCGUCAAGUCUCUUGGUGGCAAGAACCUGGGUGAACUCAGCGUCCACGGUCCUGAGGAGACCAACCGUCCCAACGGCUGCGUUGUCUUUGCCGUCGGUGCUGAAGCUGCCGUCUACCUCCGCGUCUCCAAGGAAGUCGCUCUCGAGCAGGAGGAGAAGGCCAAGGCUAGCCUGGAGAAGUCGCGUGAUUCCGUGCGCCGCCAGCAGACCCUUGUCACCGGUGCUGGGUGGAAGGAGAAGGCUAAGCCUGAGGUGCGGGAGGCUGAGGAGAAGAAGUUGAAGGAUGCGGAGACGCGCCUCCUCAAAGCCAAGGAGCCCCAACUCGUCGAAGGCCCCAAACGCACCCUCCUCCUCCACGGCUCAAAAUGCCCAACCGCCGUGCACACCAUCCUCAAGACUUUCCACUCCCUCACAAAACCGGACUCUGUCCUCUUCCACAAGAAGAAUGAACACAUCCGCCCGUUCGAAACCACCGAGAGCCUCGAGUUCCUGGCCAACAAGAACGAGGCCGGAAUGGUCGUGUUCGGAAACAGCAGCAAGAAGCGGCCCAACUGCAUCACGCUCAUGCGCGUGUUCGACUCGAAGACGCUCGAUAUGUGCGAGAUGAUGCUUCUCCCGGGUCAGAGUGCUGAGGAUGCGGUUCCUGCAAUGAAUAAUCUCACGAUGCAUAUUGGGGUUGGGUUACGGCCGAUGCUGAUUUUUGCGGGGAGUCCAUGGGAUGAUGAGACUUCGACGGCGCAUGUUAUGCUCAAGAGCAUGUUUACUGAUAUGUUCAAGGGCGAGGAGGGGGAUAAGAUUGAUGUUGAGGGGUUGCAGUAUGCGCUUAUGGUUAGUGCUGAGGAGCCUGCGCAGGGUCUUGCCCCUGUGAUUCACCUGCGGUGGUAUAAGUUGCGGACUAAGCGGAGUGGUCACAAGCUUCCUCGCGUUGAGUUGGAUGAGAUAGGUCCUAAGUUGGACUUUAAGAUUGGUCGUUUGCAGGAGGCGCCGCGGGAUGUUAUGAAGGCGGCUAUGAAGCAGGGCAAGAGGCCGAACGAGGAGGUUAGGUUGAAGAAGAACAUUGGUAUGGAUGCUAUUGGUGACAAGAUUGGUCGUGUGCACUUGGCCAAGCAGGAUCUGGGUGGCUUGCAGACUAGGAAGAUGAAGGGAUUGAAGCGUCGUGCUGGUGUUGAGUCGGAUGAGGAGGACCAGGAUAUGAUGGAUGUUGACGACGAGGUUUCGGAGGACGAGGGUCGCAAGAGGACACGGACGGAAUAA